ACAAAAUCGGAUAUUUAUUCGUCCGUAAGAAAUGUGAGAUUUUGACUUUUGUGAAAAUUUCUAUUUAAAAUUAUAUUUUCGACAAUGCGUUUGUUAAAUGAUUUGACAACCGAAAAUUUAUUGGCGUCAAAUUUUAUGAAUGCCGCAAACUCAAGAUUUGCAACUUCGACGGAUGCUGUUGUUAAUUCAUCCGACGUAGCCACAGUUUCCACGAACAAGUCAGCCGAUGUACAAGAUCACUUUCUCACUCUUCCUGCGUCCGAUAUCAGUAGUUUAUAUUCAAAGAACUCCGCUUUAAUAAAAAGCAUCAUCCUCAUCAUAGCUGGAACGGUAAACUGUCUCGGAAAUUCCAUGACAUUGAUAGCUCUGAAGAGACACGUUUCCAGCAUGCGCAAAUUAACAGCUGCGCUAGUAGCCAGUCUGUCCAUAAGCGCUAUAAUUUGUGGUUGGUCUGUUUAUUACCAGGCGUACUGGAAUCUCCGUAUGUUCUACCUGGAGACCCCGCCGUGCACCACGAAGGUUGAUCUUCUCCAGUCCGUACCUUUCCAGCAAUUAACUCCAGUUCUCGUUUAUUUUCAAGUCGUGCUGCUCUGCGUUGAAAGAUACCUGGCGAUUGUUCAUCCAUUCCACUACGAGACGUUAGUGACGAUGACGCACGUGAAGCUGACGAUCUUUGCGUCAGCCGUCGUAACAGCUCUUUACAUACCCACAUACGUCAUCACCGGCACAUCUCUGUGUGCAACACCUUACACGGACACGCAAAUAUCUACCACACUAUUCAGUUUCUUCAUCGUCGUGACAGGUGCGAUGAUUUUCACUUAUUCGAGAAUCUUGGUUGUGGCAAUUCAGCAAAGAAAAAAAAUCUCAUCAGAAACUGUAAAGAAUACAACAGUGAUUGACGGGUCAAUUCUCAAUGCUGCUUCAUCAAAUGGGCAGGAGCGUAGAACGGUCAAGCAAAAUCAAAACCAACUUCCUACAAAAAAGCAGGAAUUCAAAGCAGCGAAGUCAGUAGCGGUCAUUGUUGGUUUCUUCUUUUUAUGUUGGACUCCACUGGUCCUCAUCAGAGCUGUCAAGUUGAUAACCAAUAUGAACCUUCCGAUAAUUUUCUACUUGAGUGACAUUGCCAUCGUUUGUUGCCAAGUUAACAUAAGCUUAACUUGGCUGGUAUACGGUACCACCGACAAGAACAUGAAGAUUGCUUUUUGAAAAUUCUUCACCUUAAGACGUAACCUGUUCAACUCGAAUGAUUUCAUUGCCAAGCAUUGUGCAUUGUUCAUUUGGAAUGUUGAUGACAUUUCUUAAAUUGAAAUUGUUAUUUAAAAUUGUUAAAUAACACAAAAAAUUAACUGAUUUUUCUCAAGUGUCAAAAUAAAUAAUUAUUCUCCAAUUAUUAAAUCGAUAAAGAUUUUUCAUGGCUGUUCUUCAGCAUUUGUUGAAUAAUGAAUAUACU